AUGCAAAUUUGGAACUAGAUAAUUACCAAUAUCGAUCUAUGUGAGAUUGUUACUUUAAAGAUUUAACCUAAUUAGAAUAGCACAAUUGGAGCAGCCAUGAUACUUUAGCACGAUAAUCAAUUUGCUCUAUUAGUUUUUAAUUACUCAAAUGGAGACUUAUUGAAACUUUACAGAAAAAAUAGUACUCAUGAUAAAAGAAUUUUAGAGUCAUCCUUAGUAAUCUAAGCUACAGGAGAGAUUUUGUAUACUUAUAAUCAGAUUGAUUAUAUGGUAUUAAUGUAUCUCGAUUGGUAGACUGGAUAAUAUUACUAAAUACAAACUACAGUUGCAGCUGAUGAUGCAAUUACUGUUUAACAAGAUUCUACUGGAGAAUUUACAUUUUUGCAGGGUGAAAUGGGCAACUAUCUUCCUGUUAAGUAAACGAUGAUGAUUCUCAAAGGAAAAACUUCUUAAAAAAGUAAAAUGACUACUCUGUAUUUUGAAGAUUCUGAAUAAUAUUGGAAAGCUGAGGGCUUCUCUGUCCUAGACACUGAUCCAAUAUACUGUUGUCCACCACAGCUAAAUUAGCCACGUUUUGAAUUACUACUCACAAAAGGGAUUCUAUCUAGAUACGUCAACUGGGAAGAUAAAUCAGGUUAUUUAGUAGGUAGUCUUCUAAAAUUCAAUGGAGCUUCCUAUCUGAAUAAAUCUACUCUGAGUAAUGUUACUUACUAUACUGGAGCUAAUCCUAUCUAUAUUAAUAUUGAAAACUAAUAAAUAAGCAAUCCAACAAAUGGAAAUACUUGUCCUGAUUAGCAGAAUUUAUUUAACAUAAGCUCCAACUUUGUCACAAAUUAUGACAAAAAUUUAUAAAUUCUAAAAAUACAAUCAACUAGCCCAACUCUCGAAGGUGUAUAUUUGAUGAAAGUAUUUCAAAAAAUUAAUAAUAACCAAGUAUUCUUAAGAAAUUUCACUAUAAAAGUAGCAAGCUUGUCACUAUCUCCUUGCUAAAACUUGACUUUUUAAACUGGAUUAAACAGUAAUUCUACAUACUUUUAUGUCUUUGGAGAUCCAGUUUAAGUCAUAAAUUAUAGAAAAUUUUAACUCAAUGCUAAUAUUUCGGAAUGUGGACUCAAUUACUAUUUGAUGAACUCUGACAUAACACCAGUUGAUCCUACUAUAAUUUCAUACGACAACAAUAAAAUGUACUUUAAUGUCAGUACUACACUUUUAUCUCAAGUUAAGACUUAUGACCUAGCUAUUAGCGUACAAGUAUAAAAUUCAAAUAUUUCAUCAGGUUAUAACAUAUCCUUAGUAGUACAGCAUCCAUGUAUAAGAAGCAAACUUACACCUAGUAUUCUUCAGAAUAUGUUUCAUGAUAUCUAUUCAUAUAUCUCAACAAGUUCAAAUGGCUAUUCCACUGUUAAAGUGCCUUUUCAGUUAUCUAUCACGAAAAAUUGCAAUUAAACAGAAAUUUCUGAAGAUUACUAGUUAUAAGAUCAAAUAUAUACAAUAGGAGAUUCUGCAAUGUUAAUUCUGAUUGACAUGUAUUAAGUUUCACAAUAUAAUUGUGGCCCCUUAAACUACACUGAUGAAAUAUCUUUAGGAGCCAUUUAACCUUUAGAUUAGUAUGAUUUCAUAUAAAAUUACAAUAAAUCGAAUCGAACAUUUGAAGUUUAUACAACAAACCUUUCUUUGCAAGGUUCUUAUUAAUUCUAAAUCUCAGCAAAAUUAAAUUAUGGUCAAAAUUAAUAAAAGAGAUUUAACUUAGACUUGAAAAAUCCAUAUAGAUUUAAAUUUGAUAAUCUUCAUGAAGUAUGCGGGAAAGUACUUCAUGAACUAAUCAUGGACUAGGCAAAUAUCCAGCCAAGCACAUAUUCUUUUAACAAUAUCUCUAUGGAAUUUAGUAUCGUAACCUAGGAUUUAAGUCUUUGCUAGACAACAAAAAAAUUUAGCUUGCAUUACUAUUUGGAAAACUUUGAGUUAGCAACAGAUAAAGUUGAUUUUAAUGUUUUUAAUGAGUGUGGCUGUGAUUCAAAUUAUUUAGACAACAUUCAGGAAUCAUACAAAUUUACUUAUAUCCUUGGAGAUGGAAAAUAGAAAUUUAAUACAUCUAUCUUUGCUAACUCAAAUGACCUAUGUCUUAUCGAUACUAUCAAUUACUAUUUAAAAUUCCCAAAAGGUGGAAGUAAUUUUUUCAACCUCAUCACAUUGACUUCCGGAACAUUACUAGUAAUAGAAGAUACAUUUAAUAUCUCUUACAUCGGAUCUUAUUAGUUUAAAAUAACUGGGUAGUCAUUUUUCAGAGGAAAUUCUAUUACAAAUGAUACAAAUAUUUUAUUGACUGUAAAAAGAGGUUGCAAUACAGCGUUAAUAACUUCUUAUGGAAAUUUGAACGAAACUAUAAUUAAAUAUAAAGUUGGAGAUCCAAAGAUUGUUAUUAAUGUUAAAGAUUGGGUUAUAGAGUAGAAGGGAUGUGGAAACUUUAGUUACUAAAUAGGACUUAAUAAUACUACUAAUAUUACUUAUGAUUUUUUUAGCUAUAACAAAACGUCUCAAAAUCUAACAAUAUUUACUACAAAUAAUUCUAUUGCUGGCUCAUUUUCUAUGAAAUAAUAUGCAUAUUUAAACAGUUACAUCAAUCAAACAAUCUACUUCAUGAUUCAAAUAACAAACUGUGAGACAAAGAAACUUAAUAUUCCUCCUCAAAAACAAAUAUAUACCUAUGUGAUUGGAUAAGAGGCAGCUGUAAUCCCAAUAUUACCAUUUAUAGCAGAUUAAGAUUGUGAACUUAGUAUAAAUUAUUCAGCAUCAAUUAAAAGUGAUAAAGGAUAAGACUUCUCUGGCCAGAUAAUGUUCUCAUAAGAAUUUAGAUCGAUUUAUGUAAAAUCAGAACUAAGAUCUCUUGCUGGAAUCUACUACAUAAGUGUGUUAGGCUAGCUUUUACAAGAUACAAAUCUGAUAUUAAAUAAUUUAAUCAUUAAGCUUUCAGUGACAACUUAGAAGAAUAAUGCACCAACAUUUUCUAAGGAAAUCUAGUCAUUCUUUCCAGAUAUAAUUGAUAAAGAAAACGACUUUGUUGAAAUUAUCCUAGCAAAUCAACCCGAUUUUGUAAAACUCUGGGAUAAAAUGCUGCUUGUUGAGCCAAGUGAUUUGAAGCAUUUGGGAGAUUAUCAAUUUCAAGUAAUUCUUAAAGAUUCAAACAUAGAUCCAUAAAGCACAUAGUAUAACAUGAAAUUAACUAUCUAUGAAUCACAAUCCUCUGAUCAGUCUUUAGAAAGCCCAAGUGCUGAGUAUCUUAAAAUGACUGAAGAAGUAUUUGAAUUAGAUGGAAUAAAAAUUAACAAAAAGCAAUUGACAGGUAAGAUAUCGGCAAGUGUGAAAAGCAUAGAUUAAAAUGGCAGAAUAAAUGUGUUUUUUGACUCAAAAUUGCUCAAGCCUUCUAAAAUUAAUCCUUUGAUUGACUUUAAAGCACUAAAAUUUUAUCUAAAAAGAUCGGAUGGCAAGGUCUAGUACCUCAAUACCAACUUAAAUACUACACCUAAUGAUAAAACAAGAAAUCUAGAAUAAAUAGAGCUAUCCUAAUCUUAAAAUUGGAAUAUCACAGAAUUUAAGAGUAACUAAAUAUCAAUAUAGUUAAGUUUUCCUCAACCACUUGAUGUAUCAACAAGCUAAGUAAGUAAUUCAUCAAUCUUAAUAUAUCAGGAAUAUGACCAAUUGGAUAUAAAAUUUAAUGAGAGAUACUUCUUUGUAAGCGAUGAUAAAAGAAAAGUUAUUUAGCCAAACUAUCAAAUCAUUCAUGAAGUUCCUCCUUAGCUUCCAAAUAAUGCAUCUACAGCAAGCUCAGCGAUUACUGGAGCAGUUACAACAAAUAUAUUUCUUUCAUUAGUCAUGGGAUUAUCACUUAAAAAGCUUUGGAUGCUUAUUUAAACCCUCUAGAUUAUUGUUCAUUUACCAUUACUUUAGAUUCCAUUACCAUCAAACACUAUUUUAUGUUUCAAGUCAAUAGUAGACAUAUCCAACAUGAAUGUGAUUCCAAAGGAAUAUAUUAAGACAGUUGUCUCUGCUUUUGUUUCUGAUUCAAGUUCAAAUGUUAAAGAAAACUUUAGAUAAAUGGAUAUCUUUUAAUUGCUUUUGUCUAAUUCAACAGAUUAUUUUAACUAUUCCAAGUUAUGA